AUGGCUACACGAACAUCGGCGUUCGAUCUUGCGACAUGCGCGCGUCCCAAUAUCUUGAAAUUGCACCCUUAUCGCUGUGCCAGAGACGACUACAAAGACGACGGCACGAAUAUUCUGCUCGAUGCGAAUGAGAAUGCAUAUGGGCCGGGGUUGGAGCUGAAUAAAGAUGGUAGCCUGCCUGACAGCAACAAUGGGAAUGGUUCCCCGCAGAUUGAUUUUCUGGGGUUGAAUCGAUACCCUGAUCCUCACCAGAUUGACUUGAAGCAAUUACUCUGCCACCUACGCAACACCAAUCAUCAUACACAAAAGCAACUGCAGCCCGAGAACCUGUUUGUCGGUGUUGGAUCUGACGAGGCAAUCGAUGCUCUAAUACGCUGUUUCUGCGCUCCUGGUCGGGAUAAGAUCCUCACAUGUCCACCGACAUACGGCAUGUACGCUGUCAGCGCUGACGUCAACGAUGUCGAAAUUGUCAAGGUUCCGCUCGACGCCAGCAACGGCUUUCAGCUCCAACCCGACAAGAUCAAUGCUGCCUUGGCGGCAGAUGAUAGGAUAAAGCUUGUUUAUAUCUGCUCCCCAGGUAACCCGACGGCGAAUCUCAUUCGAAAGGAAGACAUCCAAAAGGUCCUCGAGCACCCAACAUGGAACGGCGUUGUUGUCGUCGACGAGGCGUACAUUGACUUUGCGCCAGAAGGGUCAAGUCUGGCACAGUGGGCGACCGAGUGGCCGAACCUCGUGGUCAUGCAGACGCUCAGCAAAGCGUUCGGUCUUGCCGGCAUUCGGCUGGGACAGGUAUUCACGAGCCCCGACAUUGCAAAGCUACUUAACAGCAUGAAAGCGCCCUACAACAUCGCUAGUCCAACCAGCGUGAUCGCGCAGGCUGCGCUGUCUCCUCGAAACAUCGCUGUCAUGCACGCAAACCGAGAAAAGAUCAUUGCUCAACGUGAGCGCAUGCUCGCUGAGAUGCCCAAAAUCACUGGCGUUGGUCGAUUCCUGGGUGGACAGGCAUCGAACUUCUUGCUUGUGGAGAUUCUGGAUAGUGCUGGAAAUCCGGAUAACGUGACGGCUUUGGCGACAUAUGAAGCCAUGGCUGAGAAGAGAGGCGUUGUGGUCCGUUUCCGCGGCAAAGAAUAUGGAUGUGAAGGUUGCUUGCGAGUGACGGUGGGCACCGAGGCCGAAGUGACUCGAUUCCUGCAGGAGCUGCCAGUUGUGCUGCACAGUUUGCACGCCGGGAAAACGAUAAGUGGGAACUUUUAG